UCAUUGCAGGCGUGAUUAUUCGUCUUUCAAAUCUUUGAAACUUUCAGACCCUGAUUGAGCUGGGGGCAGUCGGCAGGCAGUCACGGAUCGAACACGAUGGGUCUUAUAUACAACGUUUAUCUCACCUCCAACAAGAUUUUCGGGUGUAAGCAAUGCAAAACCCACCUGGCCGACUAUGACGACAUUAUUAGUCGGAAUUUCCGGGGCCAGCACGGCAAGGCAUACCUAUUUAACAACGUCGUUAACGUUACCCAGACCGAAGCCGUGGAGCGGAGCAUGACCACCGGGAGGCACAUUGUUCGCGAUAUUGCCUGCCGGCAGUGCAAGGAGACUGUUGGUUGGAAAUAUGACAAGGCCUACGAGGCGAGCGAGAAAUACAAGGAGGGAAAGUUCAUUUUAGAGGAGGAGUUGUUGUGCGUUGUGUGCUAAGGUCUCGGCCUCGGAGAGUCUGAACCGAUAACUACAGUCACAUGCACACAUGGCCUCCAUGAACUGCAUAUCGCUGGUCACUGUGUCAUGAGGACAUCAUGGUACUUGCGCAGAUUCAAGCUGAAGACUGGUUCAUUCAGUGAGCGAUUGAUUAUUACUGUCUUGGUUAUUAUUCAGCGUUGUUACGGCGUCUAAUGGAGCAAACACGAUUGUCUGGCUUCAUGGUUGGUAUUCACCCCAGAAAUAUACACAAAAUUCCUUGAAAAGAAAAGUCAUUGGCUUGAUUGUCAACGCAAAGCGAUGUAUGACCAAUCAAUUUGGGUGUGUGGAGCUAUGCUGCCACUAUUGCCAUGUUAAUCUACCUGACCUCUUUAUGGUCCGGAUGCGAUAGAAUGCCUU